CUUCAGAUCUCUGCAGCUGGGCCGCAUGAGGAAGCCAAGAAAGCCUGGAUAAAGCUGACUGGAAUCUUUAAAAAACAAGACUUUACCAGGUUUCUUGUGUUCAAGAUGAAGACGGAUGGUUUCUUCUAGAAGAUAAAAAAGAAAGAGACGACAUUAAGAGCUGAAGAAUCGAACCACAAGAGCAUUUUCCCCCUUUGAGACAGAAACAGUCAGUAAUGUUGAAGCUGGUUUGUCCUCUGCUUCUCCUCUGUUUACUUCCAGCUGUGGUUCCCCUCUUCUGUUACACUUGUGUCUUUCCUGCCAUCUCACCUCUGGACUGCAUCAGAUUUCCUCUCAAGUGUCCACCCGGGCAGCUCUGUCUGUCCAGCAGAGCUGUGGGCAUGAAAGGAGACUUCCAUGUGGUGCUGUAUGAGAAGAGCUGCGUCCUGCCCGCCCUGUGUGGACUCACGGGUGAAAAAUAUGCCAUGGGACUCAACUUCACCUUCACCAAUGAAUGCUGCAACACACACCUGUGCAACGGAGCCGCAACACCUGCUGCCCCCUACUGGACUGGCACAUUACUCACACUCCUUAUUUCAUACUCACUUUGGUGAAUAGAAAAAUAUUAAAGCAAUUUGAAAGAAGUAGUUUGUCAUGCAUGCUUUGGAGUUGCCUUUUCUGCCCUCUAAUAGACUGACAUUGUACUCAGUUCCCUUUAAGUACAUGUGCACUAAUCUGUGCUAAACCAAGGUUUGCUGUAAAGCUGUAAAAUUCGAUUUUUCUCUGAUUAUUGUUAAAAAAAAACCUCUAAACACAUAAUUUUCCCGGCUGCAGAACUGUUUGUGGAGGGGAGGGUGUAACCUCUGUUUCCAUUUUUAGUAUUUUUAUACAAACUGUGAUAAAAUAAACUACCUCUAUCCACUUAUCAGUCAACUUCAUUCAAGGACGCCCAAAUCACAAGUUUGUCUGAUAGGUUUUUACAAUCUGUAUGUAAAUAUGUGCACACUGUUUUAUUCACCCUUCAUCUUAAAAUCCUCCAUGAAAAAAGGAAAAACUCCACCAGACAGUGGCAGCAGUAAUUCAACAUAACACAAUAACAUAAUGUAAGUUUGAGUGAAUCCAUGGAGACUGGGAAUGCAACUAACUAUUUGCUCACUGAUUAAUGACCUAAUUAUUUAUUUAUUCCAUGAAAUGUAAACAAGUAGUGAAAAGUGCCUGUUGAAACUUCCCACAGCCCAAAGGUGUCAUCUUAAAAGUGCUUUAUCUGUCAGUUCAUUUCAUAAAACUAUCACCUGUGACAGAGAAAAGUAGCAAAAACCAGCAAAUGUUUGAAAUUUUUUGCUUGAAAAGUGGCUGAAACAAUAAAUGAAUUAUCAAAACAGAUGAUCAAGUGACUCAUUACAGCUCUUAGCUGAAACAGUAUCACUCAGGCUAUGUGGUGGAGAAUGUAUUAUCAUCUACAUGGCCAGAGUGAAAGCUUUGCUUGGGAACCUCCACACCCGACCCGACCCGACCUGACCUGUACAUUACAUACGGUGUUUUCAUUAAGCUUUACCAAGAAAAAAAAAAAAAAGACAGGUGUAGUUUCUUGGGAAGCAUUAGCUUCAUAUGUGCAUGGUAAUAAGAUUGAACACAUGCAAAGAAUAUGUGUAGUAUACAAACUAAAAAAACUAAUGUUUAUUGAUUUAAAUUGAUAAAGAAGGUAUCUGUGCCCCAUUACACCUUUUAAAAGCAACACACUGUAAUGUGUGUUUUUAGUUAUGUGUCCUCCUAAUAACAUUACUUCUAGCUCCGUUACAUUAAAUAGUCCAGUUGGCCAUAUGCUGUGUAUAAAGAUAAAUAAACAUAUAAAAUAAAUAAUGAAUAUUUUUAUCUCUGCCAGUGAAUAUGCACUAGGGUGCUGAAAUUGGCACACCUACAGGGAGAGGUGCCAUUAUUGAUGUUAUAAGCUCCACUUGUGCUUUUCUUGAAAUGAAACGGGUGCGUCAAUUUUACUCGUUAAACUGGGAUAAAUCUGAAAAUACACCUGGUAAUAAGCAGAACAACCUGCGUCAAAACCUCGUCAUACUUCGAUUAUAUCUAAACAAACAGACAUGGUAUACAGAUUUUUAGAAAAAGUGUGA